GUGACCACACGACCGCUGCCAGACUUGUGGCUUUUUGGCUUUGAGUCGGCGUCGGAGGGGGCGCCCUCUCCGAGACGCCAAGACCGCCGACGUCAAACGGAGCCUCAUAAGGCGCGAGUAGUCACAUCCUUCGCCGUGCGCCUGCCGUCCAUGACUAGUGACUCUGGGCUUUAGCAGCAAGGUUUCUAGCACACAGGUCUAAGUUUAGUUUCAUACGCUUCUACCAUUCGUUAUGCCGCAACAGGACGACGCUGAGAAAGCCACUGCGGCACCCCGUGACUACACCUCAGAGAAAGGAAGUCAGAUCGAUGAGAAGCGGCAAAAGGCAGCCGAGAACGAUCUCAUCCAGUCCUGGAUGUCACGAUUGCAGCUCAUUAGUGUGAUUACUACCUUCUUUGCAACUCUAGAAGCACAACUACUAGGUUCCAUAACGCCGACAGAAAGCGAGCCGACUACUCAACUUCAGAUAGUAGCGUGCACCGUACUUGCAGGCGCAUUCGCUAUACACUUGAGCGGGGCCAUCCUUGCUUUCCUUUCUUCGUUCUUCCUAGUAGGAUACCGCAUCAAGGAAGUUACGGAAGAGGAGUUCCAAUCAGAGGCAGAGGGAAGACCCUCACUGGAGUCCACCCGCUCCUCGAACCUGAUACUAAGGAGUCUUUGGACGACCACCGGCAGUCCUCACUUGGAGCAGAUCGGACCUUUCCGUGGUGGCCCGCCUAUGCGUCUCCUGGAGCAUUGCCAUACCCUGUGCAUGUGGUUCUCUGUUACGGGCUUCGCGCUUGCGCUAGCUGGGGGUAUAUGUUACUCCUGGGUGCGCUUGCCACAGAGCGCUAGUAUCCUCGCGUCAAUUUGUCUGGGGAUUUGCUGGAUCGCCGGCGCCGGCGCAGUUCUUGUUGUAUUGUAAACACGAACGUUACGAUGAUACGAGUUCAUGUCUUGUACGGUUCACGAGAUCGGUUCAAUAUAUUGACAAAAGAAGUAGACGU